AUGGUUGCAAUAGAUCGUGCUUAUCUUCCAAAUGGUGAGGUGCAGUUGAAACAGACUAAAAAAGAGCUGUUUCUUUCGAAAAGAAAAGUUCAUUUAUGGGAUCGUGUGAAGUUGGGGUCACUUAUCGUAGAACAUAUCGGGCUCUUAUUUGCUCCUUUCUACUUUACCUGGAAUGCAUUUUGGGUUUCUUUGAUAUUGGGUGUGCUAACUUUACCCAUAGGGAUAAGUCUAUCUUACCAUAGAAACCUUAGUCACCGUAGUUUUAAGCUACCGAAAUACCUUGAAUACUUGUUUGCUUAUUUUGGACUUCAUGCUGUACAGGGAGACCCGACGUUUUGGGUAAGCGUUCAUCGAUACCACCAUCAGUUCGUAGAUUCUGAUCGAGACCCACAUAGUCCAAUUGAGGGAUUUUGGUUCAGCCAUAUCAAUUGGGUUUUUCAGCACAACUAUCUUUGGGAAAAGUGCGGAAAAUCAAACAAUGUAAUGGAUUUGAAAAAGCAAGCCUACUACAGGUUUCUCCGGAGAACACAUGCCCUUCAUCUUCUUGGGCUUGCACUUCUGUUGUAUGUUGCAGGAGGCUUACCGCACCUUAUUUGGGGAAUGAGUGUGAGACUAGCAGUCGGCCAUCAUGGAACAUUUGCGGUGAAUUCAGUUUGCCAUACAUGGGGAAAAAGGCCAUGGAAUACAAAAGACUUAUCUAGAAACAACUGGAUGGUGGGAUAUAUAGCAUUCGCAGAAGGUUGGCACAACAACCAUCACGCCUUCGAGUAUUCAGCUCGGUUAGGGCUUGAAUGGUGGCAGCUCGACAUUCCUUGGUACUUCAUAAAGCUUCUCGAGUAUCUUGGAUUAGCAACAAAUGUUAAAGUUCCCACGGAGAUUCAGAAACGAAAAUAUGCCUCCGGAAUUCAUAAAGAAUCUCAGCAAACAUAUGAUUAA